AUGAGCGCGGCGCUCGCGCCGUCGAGCCUCGCCGCCUCGCUCGGCAUCCCCGCGUCCGCCAUGGCCACCACCACCACCGUCGUCGGCCCGCCGCACCCGCCGCCCGCCGUGCCGCCGCCUACACCACCGCCGCUCGAGCCACCCGCGCCACCGCCGCCGACGCCGCCGCCGUCGCUCUCGCCGCUGCCGCCGUUACUGCUGGCGACGCCGCCUCCGCCGUCGCCGUCGCCGUCGCCGCCGCCCUCGCCUCCUCCGCCGUCGCCGCCGCCCUUUCCACUGCCCUCGCCUCCUCCGCCGUCGCCGCCGCCCUCUCCGCCGCCCUCGUCGCCGCCGUUGCACCCCGGCUGGGUCAGGCGGAAUGUUGUGAAAUUAUCUGUGACGGUGGCGGGUUCGAUCGAAGCCUUCGACAAGGACAACUUCACGUCGCGCCUUGCACCCGCGGUAGGAGUGCUGCCCGAAACCAUCUUGCUCGUGGUCUCUGCCGGCGGCAGCGUGGUUGUCGACGUCACGUUCGUGGUCGCCGAUGCCAGCGCCGCCUCCAGCCUGGCAGACAAUGUGCAGAGCGUGACCAGCGACGCUUCAGCGUUCAGCUCAAUGGUUGGAGUCUCCGUGGAGAGCGUCACCAAUCCCACCAUCGAGGAGCAGCUCAUCCCUGGCCCAUCCGCCCCGCCCGUCCCGCCGCCACCGGGGGCACCGCCGCUCCCGCCGCCACCAGCAGCGCAGCUGCUCGACCUUCGCACGGCCACCACGUACCAGGACUCGAGCCUUUUCGACAAGCAGGCGCCCGUGAGCGAUCUUUCAUAUGCCGACAGCACGACGGGACGACCGUGGGCCGAGUGCGGCCAAUACACAAGCCAAUGGUGGGGCGUCGACCUCGGGAGCGAGGUGUAUGUGCGCUACGUGCGGCUGCAGAACCGCAACGACUGCUGCGCGGAGCGGCUGACGGACGUCGACAUCUAUCUCGGCUCGACGGCGGAGACGUUCACGGGCAACGCGCUGGUGAAGUCAGACGUGAGCGUGUUGUCGAACGUGAUGUUGGAGGUGGAGAUCAACGCGCUGGGGCGCUACAUCUACCUCAACCGGCCGUG